ACAUUUUCCACAAGUUAAUUAUAAACACACUUUCAUUAAGAAAACAUAGUAAGUUCCCCCAGGCAAAUAAAAUAAAUUUUAAAAAAAUGGUUAUAAGACCCUUAACCGAAGCUUUACAAAAAGUGGCCAUUGAGGAACUGAAUGAAGAUCCUAAACGUAUAGAAGCUGAUUUGGCAGACUUUAAAAACUGGAUUGAACAACAGCCUCACUUGAAGGCACGUACCACAGAUCAGUUUUUAAUAGCCUUUCUCCGGGGUUGUAAAUAUAGUUUGGAGAAGGCUAAGCUUAAAUUUGAUAAUUACUAUGCCUUGAAGGAGAAAUAUCCAGACUUUUUGAAACGACCCAAUUUGGAUGAUGACAAAUUUCGUAAAUUAUUGAAAAUGGGCAUAAUUGUUUAUUUACCCAAACCCCUAACGGAAUCAGGACCUCGGGUGGUGUUGGUGCGCAAUGGAGCCUACGAUCCCAGUGAGUUCUCAUUUUCCGAAGUUGCUCAAUAUCGCCAGCUGAUACAGGAUAUAACAUUAAUGGAAGAUGAUGUAGCGGUGGUAGGAGGUUUAGUUUUCAUUAUGGAUUUUGCUGAUGUUUCAGCUGCUCAUCUAUUUCAAGCUAGUCCUGGCUCCAUGCGUAAGGUUUCACAGUACUCCGAACAAGCUAUACCUUUACGUAUCAAAGCCUCACAUUUUAUAAAUACACCCUCAGGAUUUGAGCCUGUUUUUAAUUUAAUCAAACCCAUUAUGCCAGAGAAAAUACAAAAUAGAAUGUUUGUUCAUGGCUCUAAACGUGAAGAACUUUAUAAGAUUAUUCCCAAAGAAAUUUUACCCCAGGAAUAUGGUGGCCUUAAUGGUAGUUUACAGGACUUGAUUGAUAAAUGGGAACAGAAAAUCUUAUCGUAUGCGGAUUAUUUCAAGGAAGAUGAAAAUUAUGGUGUUGAUGAGUCCUUACGCAUUAAGGAAGCAGAAGUUUCUAGUACAAAAUCCACUGAUUUGGGUUUAGUGGGUUCUUUCCGUAAAUUAGUGGUGGAUUAAGAUGUUUUAUUUGUUUGUGUUUAGAAGUAAUCAAAUUUUAUUUAUAAUUUAGAAAAUAAAUUUAAUUUAA